ACCAAAAACAAACCAAACCCAGUGCAGUCGAGUCGAUUCCGACUCAUAGCAACCCUAUAGGACAGAGUAGAAUCACUCCAUAGAGUUUCCAAGGAGCGCCUGGCAGAUUUGAAUUGCCGACCCUUUGGUUCGCAGCCAUAGCACUUAACCACUAUGCCACCAGGGUUUCUGAUUGCUGCUAAGGACCUUAUAAAGGGGAUUCUAGAAAUGGUUGAUAGCAAUUGAGGGAAAAUCCUGAGGCUUCUCACUCUAAUAUAAUUUCGUAGGCCAAGCAUGCCAUUGUUUAGCACAUAGUGAAAAAAGAGAGUCAAAACUAUGGGACAGACAAACCAGACACAGGUGACUGAAUUCUUCCUUCUGGGACUCUCUGAUGACCCAUACACCCAGAAACUGCUUUUCAUCUUAUUCCUGGUUGUCUACCUGGUCACUGUGCUUGGAAAUCUGCUUCUUAUGUCCCUUGUUUGGGUUGACUCCCGACUUCACACGCCCAUGUAUUUUUUUCUCUGCAACUUGUCUCUGGCUGAUCUCUGUUUCUCUACCAACAUCGUCCCUCAGGCCCUUGGUCACCUGCUAUCCAGGAAGAAGGCCAUUUCAUUCAUACAUUGUGCAGCUCAGCUUCUACUCUUCCUCAUUUUGGGGGGUACUCAGUGUGCCCUUCUGUCAGUGAUGUCCUAUGAUCGAUAUGUGGCCAUCUGCAAUCCUUUGCAUUACACUAACAUAAUGACCUGGAAGGUGUGUGUCCAGCUGGCCACAGGGUCAUGGGCCAGUGGCGUUCUGGGAUCUGUUGUAGAAACCACCUUCACACUAAUGUUACCCUACCAAGGCUGCAAGAGCAUUGCUCAUUUCUUUUGUGAGGCCCCUGCACUGUUGGUCCUGGCAUCCACUGACACCCACACUUCAGAAAUGGUCAUUUUUCUUGUGGGCGUCGUGUUCCUCCUCAUACCUGUUUCCCUAAUUUUGGUAUCCUAUGGCCGCAUUAUAGUGACUGUGGUCAGGAUGAAGUCAGCUGCUGGGAGGCUCAAGGCAUUCUCUACCUGUGGCUCCCACCUCAUUGUGGUCAUCCUUUUUUUUGGGUCAGCAAUUAUGACCUACAUGACCCCAAAGUCUUCUAAAAAGCAGGAAAAGGUAAUGUCUGUGUUCUAUGCAGCGGUGACCCCCAUGCUCAAUCCCCUCAUCUACAGCCUGAGGAACAAGGAUGUGAAAGGAGCUCUGAGAAAAGUAACCACAAGGAAUUUCCCAUGCAGCCUUGGGAUCUAUCACUGAUAGUGAGCUCAGGGACCCUGUCUCUCCCUACUUGGAAGACUUGAUGAAUAAUCCCCUUUCUUUGUGAGUCUGAAACAAGGUAAGAUUCUCAUCUUAGGGUGCUGUCCUUGGUCCACCCUCCGUGCUUCAUCCAGGA